AUGCAUUUUUCGGAAAAAAACAAAGACUCUACGCGCUUGAUGUGGCUAACCACUUAUGUGCUCGUCUCGGUCAACUAUGCUACCAUAUUGUAUUCGUUGAUAUCCCGCCGCAGUCGGGAUUGUGAACUGGAGAGAAUUGGCGAAGUUAUCACACAGGUGUGGUUGGGAAUACUGAAAAAGCAGCGAGUCUAUUGCCAACACAUGGAUAGAUAUUUUGGAUACCUAUUCUAUGCGAAGUUCGCAACUGUUUUUUACCUGUGCAUUUCGAAUUGGAUUCACGCCGUCAUUAUGGCCAUGGAAUAUAAAUGGUGGAUACUGCCGGGCUUAUUGUUUUAUAUGAACGCCUUGAACCUGAUUAUCACAACCACCUUUGGCUACUACCUGGCUUUGUGGCAUAUAGCGCGUGCUUUUUACUUUGUCAACAACGAGUUAACUGAUCUAAGCCAGCGUACGGGAGUUAAUAAACCAACGAGUAAGGAUGUGGAACAUCUGCGUCAUCUGAGGGCAUUACACGCCGUGCUCACCCGGACCUCAUUGCGCAUUAACCAGGUCUACAGUUUCCAAAUGUUGGCUUCGCGUUUUGACUACGUGGUCACAAGUAUUAUCAAUACCUAUUUGGGGCUGCUCUUCACAUUCUCCUUCGAUACGCCCGCAUAUUUGAUUGCUUUCGGACUAUCUAUUCAUGUGGCACGCACCCUAGACUUUUAUUUGCUGGAUCUAAUGUGUGAUUUGGUGCUGCAAUAUCAGCAGUGGCCGCGGCAUGAACUGACCGAAUGCCGAUGGUUCAGAGAGCUAAAUGACUUUGUGAUUUAUGCGAGCAGUUCCAAAAUAAAUUUGUGGGUAUGCGGACUUUUUCAAGCAAAUCAAAAGUUGUGGUUCAAGAUGAUGUGCUCUAUUACAGCGUAUUCCAUUGUGUUGAUGCAGUUUCAUAUAUAU